AUGGCAGCGGAUACAAACACGGAAAAGCGCGAGGAGCGACCGACCGGUAAGCUCAAGUACGAGGUCGUGGAGGGCCGCACUGCCGCUACGCACGUGUACGCAACGUAUCCACUCAAGUUCCUGCACCCUCGACGCACGAUCCACCAGGACUUCGAUACGUACAUCACCUACAUUUUGGGAUAUGGUGGAGGUCUAGUGGGUGGCGAUUCCAUUGUCGUUGAAUGUGAACUGGGUCCUGGCACAGCAGUCGCGCUGUGUACACAAGCAACGACCAAAGUGUUCAAGUCGGAGGAAAAGAGCCAAUACGUGUCGCAGACCUUCACGUUCUCGGUGGCGAACAAUGCUACCCUGGCGUUCGUUCCUGACCCUGUAACCUGUUUCAAAAGCGCUAAAUAUCGACAGUCGCAAGUAUUUCAUCUUGAACUGAACGCAAAUCUCGUGUUCGUCGACUGGCUCACGAGUGGUCGGAAGCGGAACUACUUGUCCACAGGCUCGCUUCGUGAUAUCCGUAAGGAGACGCUUGAACACUGGAAGUUUGACAGCUAUGACACGAUUUCGGAGAUCUUUGUCGGCGGCGAGCGCCUCGUGACAGACCGUGUUUGUCUGAAAGACGAAGAAAAUGUGGGUCUACCUCAGCGUAUGUACGGCAUGCAUGUGCUGGGCCUAAUGGUGGUAGCUGGGUCCAAGCUAAAGAUUGUCAUGGACAAAUUGCUGGAGCUGAGUACCCGCAAGAAACUCCACAAUGCACGGGAGAUCACACCUCAUGGUCGUCUUGCGACGGCCAAUGCGUUUCCAAAUGUGAUUUCAUCGGCAAGCCCGCUGGGGUCAAACGCUGUGAUUGUGCGGUUCUGUAGUAAGGACGCGGAGUCGGCUAUGACGUAUGUGAAAGUUAUGCUGAAGCCGCUGAGGGAGAUCAUUGGUUUUACGCCCUAUCAAGAUAAUCGCUGA